AUACAAAACUUAUAUUGACUUGUUUCUGACACUCACACUUGGUAAAAUACAUAUUGAGAUAAAUAAAUUUACCGUUUCACUAAAAGACGUCCUUUACAAUACAACUCUAAGAAUAACGAACCCUACUUUUGAAGUAUCAAAUAUUCAUUACGUUGUUUCUCCUUACGUAACACUAGAGUAACGAGAAAAUCGAAGCUACUAUGACAGCUUUAUAUCUACGACGAAUUAUGAUUUCAAAAUAAGACAAUUAAGCAAUUACAAUGUCUGUCAGUGUCAAUUGAAAAUUGUAGCGAGGGAAACAAUAAGGUAAAAUAGUGGAUUUAUGUUAUAUGUAAACUUGAAGCCAUCAGAAACAGGAGAUAUUAUAACAAUGGAUAUUUUCGAUGAACCCUACUAUAGAGUAGUAAAAACCUCUUCUCAUUUGAUUGGUCAGUGGCCGUAUCAGUCUCCACAGAAAAAAGUGAUAAUAACAAUGAUCAUAUGGACUGCUUUCUUCAUGCAAUUUAUUCCACAAGUUAUAGCUAUUGUGAUUCAUCUCGAUGAUCCGGAUAUUCUAUUUGAAGCAUUUUCCUCGAUGGCAAUUGAUUUAGGGUUUGUUUCCAAGUAUUGCAAUGCAAUCUUUCAAGCACAUUUGAUAAAAAAACUACACGAUAGAAUCGUAUCUGAUUGGAAGUUACUAUUGAAUGAUGAAGAAAAAAAUACACUACAGCAUCAUACCAACCUCGGUCGUCUUUUUUCAUCUGGAUAUGCAGAUUUGAAUACGACAAUAGGAUUUGCAUACAUGUCAGCGAUGAUUUUUAUAAUGGAACCGAUUUUUCCGAGAAUCAUAAAUAUAUUCAUAGAAACAAAUGAAACUGUUCCACUUAAAUUGGCGCUUCCGUUAGAGUAUAUUGUUAUUGACAGAGAAAAACAUUACUGGUUAAUGUUAGCUAUCUCAAAUCUACUCGUUGCAAACAUUGCAAUUGUUAUUGUUUCAUGUGACAUUAUAUUUAUUACCUUUGUGCAACAUGUUUGUGGGUUAUUCGCAGUUGUAGGAGGUCGACUAGUGAAUACACCAAUCAAUGAAAAUUAUUCGGAAAAGCACAAAGGUGGGGAUUAUUUGUCAAACUCAAAGGAUAUUCCAUACAAACAUUUGGUAUCUUGUAUAAGAAGCCACAGGCGAGCUUUAGAAUUUGCGGAACUUCUCGAAAACGCUUAUAGUGUAAGUUUGGGAGUGACAAUCGGACUCAAUCUGCCAGUUAUAAGUGUCACCGGAUUUCAGAUUAUAACACAAUCUAAUACAAUCCAGCAGUUAUUGAAGUACGCAUCAUUUACAAUCACCGAGAUAUUACAUCUCUUUUUUGAAUGUUUUAUGUCACAGCAGUUAACAGACAAGAGCUUACAAAUGCAAGAGAGCAUAGCUAAAGUGAAAUGGUUCAAUAACUCGGUAAAGUCACAGAAAUUGUUGAUAUUAAUGACAAUGAGAAGUCAAGUGCCCUGCAAAUUGACUGCUGCUAAAAUAAUGGAUUUAUCUAUUGAAAAUUUUGGAAUGAUGGUAAAAACAUCAGGGUCAUACUUCACGAUGCUUUUGUCAACGCAAUAACAAACUUCGAGAUUCUUCACUAUAUAGUAAAAACCAGUUUAAAAUAUACUUACGUAGAAUUGAUUAAAAUCUGUUAUCAAGAAAUAAAUAGAUAUAUUUUUGUUCAUUUAUAUACACGUAACUUAAUGUGGAUCAUGUUGAACGUGUAUUUUUUUGCAGCUCAUAUGUUUAUAGAAUGAUAUACAUGGGUAAUAUAUGCUCAUGCACCGAGAAAGAAAUAUAGCAACCUUUACUUAUUA